ACAUUUUUCAUCAGCAGGCGGACUGCUACCAAUAAUAUUCCGUCAAAACAUUCAGAAUGUGCAGAGCAAACAACAGGGACAAUAUAAUCAUGCGAUUCUUCUUCCUUUUGCGAGCUGCAACAAGUAAUGCAUUUUAGACGGAAUGUGAACAGUGCCGCUAUAAUUCGCUAAACAAUUCAUUCCGUGUUAUUCAUUUUCUGAUACAGUUGUCUUUGGGGUUUCAAAUUUGGAAGACAAAACCGGCUGCGAGGGUGAUGACAUUUUCAUAAUUUAUUUAAUUUUCACGUCGAUUACCAACUAAAUCGUGUAUUUCGAAGCAUCAAAGACGAUGGAAACAUUUGGACAAGGAGUUACUGAGAUUUUCACGGAACGGACAAACGAGAGCAGUGGAGAGCGGGAACAAGAGAAACCAAUCGCUUUGGUUGCUGUUGAAGGUUUUACUCUUUUGAUCAUCACCUUGGUCGCCAUGGCAGCGAAUAUCACCGCCAUCACCAUCAUCCUCCGCGUGCGUAGUCUGAGACAGAACCCUCAUAACCUGUUAAUCCUCAAUCUCUCGGUGGCGGAUUUGGGCGUGGCCCUUACCAGUAUGACCUUCUCACUGGUAUCCGUCUUUGAUGGCGGCCAUCUUCUCCUGAGAUACCACAAAGUGUGCCUGGCUCAUGCAUUCUUCGCGAUGAUCUUCUCAUACGUCAACUUUCCAACCAUCAUCUGCAUUGCAGUUGAUCGGUUGUUGAUAGUCACCAAAAAGUUACCACUCAGCCGUGCCAGAGCUUACAGCAUGAUCGCUUGUUCCUGGAUCAUCGCUCUUACCAAUGUCAUGUUCCCUACCAACAACCUGUACCAGGCCGGGUUCGUCUAUCUCCCGGAUACUCUGCAUUGCUCACCGGUAUGGCCCAAUCGUAUCUUUCGAAUCCUCUACGCAAUAAUCAACUACGGAGUGGUGAUCAUCAUCUUGACAACCUGCUACAUCAUCAUCACAUAUCAUCUGCGGAAGAAGGGAAAGAAACUUCGCAGCCACAAUAAUUCUUCAGUUAAAAUACGAGGCCUGAGUACAUCAGUGUUAUCCCACCAGUCACCUGUGCCGACGGAGAUGAAAGACACUGGACAACUGACGACACUUUCAUCAUCUGAUAUCCAACACCCCUCUCCCGAGACCACAGGGUCUGAUCCUCAAGCGUCGAAGGCGUCAUCCAACAAAGAGCCACCAAAUUCUUUGGGUCAGCAUCCUGAGCCAUCCGAGUUGCCCUCUUGGAUUGCCAAACCAUCUGAAAUACAGCGAGAGUCUGAGUCAUUAACCCUGUCAGCUGAGCCACCAAGCGUCAAAGCGUCUCGGACUUCAUCGACCGAAGAGACACUAACCUCAGAAGACGAGAGUCCUGAGUCGUUGGUACCAUCCUCUGCAGUUUCAAAGGCUUCUGGAAUGCAUCUCGCAUCAGAUCCUACAAAUGCUUCUCAAGCCCAAUCGUCACUUUCAUCACCUACAACUGACCAUCGCUCUCAGAGGAAGGAAGAAGGGGAAGGAGGAGGAGGAAGAGGAGGAGGAUGA